GAGAGGUCUUCAGCGACUAUUUAGUAUUUAUAAGAGAAUGGAGAACGGGCAGACCACACACUUCAUUUUGUGUUCUUCUAUGCCUUUCUUUUUAUUUUGUUCUCUUACAAGCCUUGCCCUUUCCCCAAAGUGCACAAGCUUCAUCAAAGCAUAGGAAUGCAGAGAAGAGAUGUGUUCAAUGCUUGUAUUACCUUCACCAAAGCAUUUGACAUAGCAUGCAUAUCCGGGCGGACUUUGGCUGAGUUUCAAGAGGAGGAACGAAUGCAAAUGGGGGUCAUUAAAGGAGCUUCUUUUAGGUUGAAGCUCGAUCUUGGUGAAGACGGUUGAGCUUUGUCACAGGAGAUUAUAAAUAAUCAGGUACUUAUUUAUAGGAUUGGAGGUUUUGGUGUGAUGGAGAUCAAUAAAGGGAAUGUUUUGAUGCAGAAAUAUGAUGUUGGGAAAUUGUUGGGUCAAGGAAAUUUUGGCAAGGUUUAUCAUGGGAGGCACCUUGAGACUGGGCAGAGUGUGGCCAUUAAGGUGAUUGACAAGGAAAAGAUUAUGAAGGUCGGUAUGAUUGAGCAGACCAAGAGAGAAAUUUCUGUUAUGAGGCUGGUGAAACACCCAAAUGUGGUUGAGUUUUAUGAGGUAAUGGCUACCAAAACCAAGAUUUACUUUGUCAUGGAAUAUGUGAAAGGUGGCGAGCUCUUCAACAAGGUUGCCAAAGGGAAGCUUCAGGAGGACAUGGCCAGGAAGUACUUUCAACAGCUGAUCAGUGCUGUUGAUUAUUGCCAUAGUAGAGGUGUUUAUCACCGCGAUUUGAAGCUGGAGAAUUUGCUGUUGGAUGAGAAUGGAGUGUUGAAGGUAACGGAUUUCGGGUUAAGUGCGCUUGUUGAGUCUAGGCCAGAAGAACAUGUCAUGCUGAAAACAGCUUGUGGAACUCCUGCUUAUGCAGCUCCUGAAGUUUUGUGCAGAAGAGGGUAUGAUGGGGCUAAAGCCGAUAUAUGGUCUUGUGGGGUGAUCUUGUUUGUCCUUUUAGCUGGUUAUUUGCCUUUCCAUGAUACAAAUCUCAUGGAAUUGUAUAAGAAAAUAGGCAAGGCAAACUAUAAAUGUCCUAAAUGGUUCUCACUAGAAAUGCGAAAACUGCAGGCUAGAAUUCUAAAUCCUAACCCGAAUAAGAGGAUUUCAAUUGCCAGAAUUAUGGAAAAUCCAUGGUUCACAAAAGGGUUCAAUUGUGAAGCCAUAAUAAUAAGUAAUUCAGAAGUAGUUCCAUUGGAUUCUGAUGCAGCAUUUGGUCAUUGUGAGAAUAGUGAUACCAGCUUAGAGGCAAAACAAGAGUUAGCCAAACCUACUAAUUUGAAUGCUUUUGAUAUCAUUUCUCUUUCAACUGGAUUCGAUCUUUCUGGUUUGUUUACAGAAAAGGAUGACAAGAGAGUAGUACAAUUUACAUCCACACGCUCUGCCUCGUCGAUCAUGUUGAAAUUGGAGGACAUUGCUCAACAUCUGAGGCUGAAGGUGAAAAAGGACAGGGGGUCCCUGAAAAUGGAGGGAUCAAAGGAAGGCAGAAAAGGACCAAUUUCAAUUCAAGCUGAGAUAUAUGAAUUCACACCCUCCUUUCACCUGGUUGAGGUAAGCAAGUCCAGUGGUGAUACAUUGGAAUACAAAACAAUAAUGAAAAAGGAUAUAAGACCAGCUUUAAAAGACAUUGUUUGGGCAUGGCAAGGUGAACAGAUGCAGCAAGAAUAAUAACAACACAACCAUCAACAAUUUCUGCAUAAUUACAUUCUAUUUUAGUGUGCUCAUUUUCUUAAUGUAUACAUAUGUUGUAUUAUUUGAUGUUUUACUAAUAAUGGUAUCAAUUAUGAUGAGAUUAUUUGGGCACAAGAAAGCAAUAAAUCUUUGUACGUUUUAUUCAUA